AUGGAAAAGGAGUUUCGCGUUGAGAACUAUGGAGUGAAACAUCCAAAAACAAGAAGUAUACUGGAGAUAGAAAAAAACAUGACAUGCUGCCAGGCAGUGUUAUUGACAAACCAGACCACUGCUGUCUACUCAAACCGGGACAGUUUGUGCAAGAAGACGCUUGAAACUGAUGCUGAGCACACGCAUGAAAAGGUGUUCAGCCGUUCCUCGGGAAGCAACGCCCGCAUUGCAACGCGCGACUCAAUCAUUGCGCUGUUCAACAAAGAAGGCAAGAUCCGUUUGAUUGACUACGACGGAAACCGGCUUUCCUUUAUAGACACGGGAAGCAGUCCUCUCCGUGCUCUGGCUUUUUUGACCAGCGAUGUUCUGUGCGCUGGAGGGGAGGGGUGCAGAGUGAUAGUGUACUGCAUAUACGACGGAAGCCGGCUGACUGAGAUAGGAUACUCUGACUAUGUGGAAAGCAUCACUGCAAACGAGAAGUACAUGGCAGUGUCCUUGGCAAGCGGUGAGCUGCACAUAUACGAGUACACGAUCAGCGAGACAGGAGCCUCUGGAGCAGAAGGAAGAAAAAGGAUGAAAAUUGCAAUGCACGAAGUGUCCGACUUGUACGUGGAGAAGCCGUGCAUUCUUCAGUUUAUCAGCGAGACACAGCUGUUUAUUGGGAUGAGUAACGGAACGGGGUAUGUCUACUCCAUGGAAGAGAAGGCGAUCACAAUUGGGUCCACCAUGCACUCCAAGGGAAUAACCAAAGUGGAGGUGCACGGUGACUAUAUAAUUACCUCGUCUCUUGAUGGGCGUCUAAGAGUCUCCACACACACCCUGCGGGAAAUAUCCUCGCUGUACGCGGGCUCCUCCAUCCAGACAUUCAACGCACUCUUCAGCACAUCAGGAGAGACUGCGCAGAUAACCGGGGUGCAAUACAUAAUAGCCACAUCAACUGGGAAUAUUAUUGUGUACAGAGACAGAUGGACGCCAGAGCCUGCAGUGCCUUCGCCUGUCAUCAGAAAGAGCGGGCCCCAGAAUAUAAAGGAGUACACCCAGCGGGACACAACAGAAACACAGACUCUUUCUAUGAGUCUGCCCGACGAAAAAAAGAGGGGAAAGUACGGCCGUCUUAUGUGGACAUUUCAGUACAGAAAGGCCCUGCACUUUGCCAUAACACAAGGGAACCCGGACUUUAUCACAAGCAUAAUGGACUAUCUGCAUAGAAUUGACCGUCUAUUAAUAGCUGUGUCGUCUCUGAGAGAUGAACAAAUUGCAACAGUUGCAGAAGUGUCUAUUGACCUGCUCAAAAACAAAGAGUUUUUUGGCCUUGCUAACUCCGUGUUAGUGUUCUGCAGCAACAUACUCCAAAGCAGAGAGAAUGCCUCUGAGAGCCCUAUACAUGAGAUUGUUGACAGGGCUGUGCAAGAAAUAGAUGACGAGUGUCUGGUGCAAAGCAUGCUGGUAGAAACAACAGAAUACAUGAAAGGGCUGCUUACACCAAGAAAGUAG